AUGGCAGAUUUAGCGAGACUAAAGAAAAAACGCGGUAAUUUAAAACGUCACCUUACACUUUUUGGUGCGUUUCUUGAGAACGCAACUACAGCCGAUUGUUACGAUGAAGUUAGUUUUCGAUUAAAUCAAAUAACUGGACAUUUAGCCGAAUUUGAAGACAUUCAAAUAGAAAUUGAGUUGGUGGAAACAUCUCCCGAAAACGAUAAAUAUCGAGACGAAUUCGAAGACAAUUAUUACAAUCUCUUGCGAAAAGCACGUCAUUUCCUUAGAGUUCAUUCUCCUAUCUCAGAUAGAGAAGAGCGAGAUAUUACUGUAAUUAACGGGACAGCAACAGCAGUUGAUCGAUCUAAUGUACGCCUUCCAAAGAUUGAUUUGCCAACUUUCAAUGGAGCAUAUGAUCAAUGGAUGUGUUUUUUUGAUACUUUCAAAUCCAUGGUACAUAAUAAAAGUCAUAUUUCAAAAAUCGAGAAACUUCAUUACUUGCGUUCGUGUUUGAAAGACGAGGCGGCGACUGUGACUCAAUCGCUCGAAACUACAGAAGAUAAUUAUGAUAUCGCUUGGGAUCUUUUGAUUGAAAGGUAUGAUAACAAACGAGUCAUCGUACAAAGUCAUUUAAAGGCAUUAUUUGAUCAGCCUAUUCUUACGCGCGAGAGUGCAACCAACGUUCGACAAAUUCUUGAUAAUAUAAACAAGCACACGCGCGCGCUUAAAGCUUUAGGACAACCAGUAGAUUCGUGGGAUGCCAUCCUAAUCUUUGCAAUGACUUCAAAAUUAGAUAAGAUUACGCACCAAGAAUGGGAAAAAACAAUACAGUCGCGAGAGUUACCUACACUCAAAGAAUUCAUCUCAUUCCUUACAAAUCGAUGCCAAAUUCUAGAAGCUACGAAUGCACAAUCUAAUUCACAACCACACAACACUGCUAAGGGGCCCGCAAGUAAUGCAAGGAAGGUUUUACAUGUGGUGCAAAGGCCUGAUUAUUGUAAUUACUGCUCUGGUGAUCACAAAACUUUUAGAUGCGAGAAAUUUUUGAAAAUCACUCCUUCCGAAAGACUCGAUGCAGUAAAGAAAAUCAAAGCAUGUUUCAAUUGUCUACGGAAAGGCCAUUCAAAUGAAAAUUGUACGUGCGGACCGUGCAAAAAAUGUAAUAAGAAACACCACACAUUAUUACAUUUAGACCAGCCACGGACGAGCAACGCGCAAUCCACUGUCGCGUGCGGUAAUUUACAAAUUAACCCAGUCGAAUCUUCUGACAAUUCAUCGAUCGAAGUCGCGUCAACCAGCACAGAUUCUACGCCACAGACGAUUUCGGAUGCAGUCGCAUGCUGCAAUUUGCAGGCCGACGGUUCGGCGCAAGUAGUACUCGCGACCGCAAAGGUAGUUUUCUUUGACGCGCAUAAUAACAGGCAUGUAGCCCGCGUAGUCCUAGAUGGAGGAGCGCAAGCUCACUUCAUAUCAGAGAAACUCGCAAACUUGCUUAAACUAAAACGAAUUAAAACCAAUAUUCCAGUCGUAGCCAUCAACCAGAUGGAAACAACAAUUCGCCAUAAAGUUAUGGCAAAGAUCGCUUCAACGCAAGGAGAAUACAAUACGCGUCUUUCUUUCUUGGUCGUGCCUAGUGUUUCGACACCUUUACCCGCACAACAAAUUAAUUCAAAGGGCUUAAAUAUUCCGAGAAAUUUACCGCUCGCAGAUCCAACGUUUUACAAGUCCUCUGAGAUCGAUGCGUUAUUAGGCGCAGAAUUAUUCUACCAGAUACUUUGCGCAAAACAAAUCGAAAUUCAAAAUCAAAACGCCGUAUUGCAAAAAACUAGAUUUGGGUGGGUAGUCGCAGGUAAAAUAACGGAGGAUGAAUCAAGUGUUCGAACCAUUUCUUGCAAUUUAUCUAUCAAGUCGAUACACCAUGACAUUUCCAGAUUUUGGGAAUUAGAAGAAAUUCCAGAAACCAAAUUCAUGUCCUCCUCAGAAGCUGAAGUCGAGCAACAUUUUCUAGACAACGUAUACCGUAACGAAACAGGCAGAUACGUAGUAAGAUUACCCUUUAAUGAUAAAAGGGACAAGCUCGGGAUCACAUACAACAUUGCGCGCCGACAAUUCUUCGCGUUAGAACGUCGAUUCGCUAAACAUCCAGAAAUAAAGCUUCCGUACGUCAACUCGAUGAAAGAGUAUAUAGAUUUAAGACACAUGUCGAAAGUUCGAAAUCCUGAUACGCGAGACAAUUACAUGCCACAUCAUGCAGUAGUCAAGUUAGAUAGUACGACUACUCAAUAUAGACCUGUUUUCAACGCAUCCGUUACUCCAGAAGAUGAGGAGGACGAAUACGGUCAAAUCGGUGACCAGAAUAAAUCGGAAAGGGUCACAUUCAAUCAAACUUUAAUGACGGGACCGACAAUACAAAAUGACAUUUUUGAAAUUUUAAUUCGUUUCCGUAUUCAUCAAUUCGCGUUAAUAGCCGACAUAGAAAAAAUGUAUCGGCAAGUGCUAGUUCACGAAGACGAUAGAAAAUACCAACAAAUUUUUUGGCGAGAAGAUCCGAACGAACCUUUAGAAGUGUAUCAACUCAACACGUUAACUUUUGGCACGAGCUGUGCACCGUUUUUAGCUAUUCGCACGUUACAUAAACUUGCAGAUGACGAGAAACACAAUUAUCCUACGGCAGCCGACGUAGUGAAACGCGAUUUUUACGUAGAUGACCUAUUAACAGGUAGUGAUACUUUAGAAAACGCCGGAAGGUUACGUGAUGAAUUAAAUUCUUUGUUAAAAUCAGGCGGUUUCAAUUUGCGAAAAUGGGCUUCAAAUGAUAACCGACUGAUUGAACCGUUGUCUAACGACUUAGCAAACGUCCAUUUAUUCUCAGAUCCAGAAAAGGCAGUCAAAACAUUAGGGAUUAAAUGGAAUUCGCAAUUAGACGAAUUAUCUUAUUCGUUAAAGGCCGAACUCAGUGCUCAGGAGAAAACUACAAAACGAACAAUUCUGUCAAACAUCGCGCAGUUAUUCGAUCCGAUAGGGUUGUUAGGCCCAAUAAUAGUCAAAGCUAAACUUAUUAUGCAAGCUUUGUGGAAAGCAAAAGUGGACUGGGACGAAACCCUCCCACUCAAUAUUCAUACCGCGUGGUUAGAUUACAAAAAACAGUUACCACUUUUAUCGAAUAUUUCUUUCGAAAGAUGUAUUGUAAUCCCAGAGUCAGUGAAUAGACAGUUACACGGUUUCUGCGACGCCAGCGAGGUCGCGUACGGCGCCUGCAUCUACAUCCGAUCUACAGAUAAACAUGGCAAAUGCCUCACACGACUAAUCUGUUCAAAGUCUAAAGUAGCUCCGUUGAAUUCGAAAAUUACAAUUCCAAGACUUGAACUUUGUGCAGCUGUACUUUUAGCUAAGCUAUAUAAAACCGUGUCGAGAGUUCUACCUAUUAAUUUCGAUAAUGUUUACUUCUGGUCUGAUUCAACUAUCACCCUCAAUUGGAUAAACACUCAGCCACAUAUUUUAAAAACGUUCGUAGCAAAUAGAGUCUCGCAAAUAAGAACUAUCACCAACGAAUCUCAAUGGCAUCAUGUACCAACACGGGAUAACCCUGCAGACGCAGUAUCCAGAGGACAAUCAGUAUCAGAAUUCAUUGAUAAUUUUACGUGGAGAAACGGCCCUGACUGGUUGAACCAUCCCCAGGACAAGUGGCCGAUUGCACCGAUUCAAAAAUUGCCACUGCUUGAAGUGCGCAAAAUCACAGUUUUAAAAACAACGCUAACAGACAAUUCGCUGUUAUCGAGAUUCUCGUCAAUUACUAGACUAAUACGGGUUAUAGCACACUGUUUACGUUUCGCAAUUAAUUGUAGCGAAAAACCCAAAAGAUUAGGGCACCUCAGUGCAAAUGAAAUUCAAGAGGCAAAAAUUCGAAUCAUCAAAUUGAUCCAGAAUCAAGCGUUCGCGAAAGAAAUUCACGAUUUAACAAAAAUUCAGAAGGUCGACAACAAGAGCCCGCUGAAAACAUUAAACCCAUUUCUCGAUCAUAACGGCAUCCUACGAGUUGGAGGCAGAAUCGUUAAUUCUCACCUAGCAUAUGAUAGCAAGCAUCCAAUACUGUUGCCAAAAAAGAGUCACGUCACGGAUCUGAUUAUCAAGCACGAACACGAGAUCUCGUUACAUGCAGGAAUUCAGAACACGCUGUACCAAGUUCGUACACAGUAUUGGCCGAUAAAUGGAAAAAACACAACCAAACGUAUAAUCCAUUCAUGUAUCAAAUGUUUUCGAUUCAGGAACCCAACUCCGCAACAUAUUAUGGGUAACUUGCCUAAAAAUCGUCUCAUUCAAUCCAGACCAUUCAUAAACACAGGGAUCGAUUAUUGUGGUCCAUUUAUGAUUAAAGAGAAAAAGUUUCGCAACCGCAAUAAAAUCAAGGCCUACGUAGCAGUUUAUGUUUGCUUUGCAACCAAAGCUGUUCAUUUGGAAGCUGUCAGUGAUUUAACAACUGACACAUUUCUAGGUAGUUUGCGACGUUUUUUCGCUAGACGAGGCAAGAGUAAAAACAUUUAUACUGAUAACGGCACCAAUUUUGUCGGUGCCAAUAAUGAAUUAAAACGAUUAUAUGAGUUCAUCCGAUCUGAGGAAUUCAACAACUCAAUUUCAAAUAAGCUGGCUAAUGAGUCAAUCACAUGGCAUUUUAUUCCACCUAGAUCUCCACACUUUGGUGGAUUGUGGGAAUCAGUAGUGAAGUCAUUCAAAAAUCAUUUCCUCCGCAAGGCAGGAGAUACUUUAUUAACAUUUGAGGAAUUUAGUACGCAUGUAUGUGAAAUCGAGGCUAUUCUUAACUCGCGUCCGUUAACACCCGUUUCCACCGAUCCAAAUGACCUAAUAGCCCUCACUCCUGCACAUUUCUUGAUCAACGAUUCAUUAAUGAGCAUACCAGACGUAGAUUUCUCCGAUACUCCGGCAAACAGGCUGUCCAUCUGGGAGCAGAUGCAGAAAUCAAGACAGCAUUUCUGGCAGAGAUGGCACAAGGAAUAUCUCAAUGAACUGAUCCGCAGAAGCAAAUGGUCAUCGCCGAAAUCCGACCCAAUCACCGUAGGAGCCAUGGUGCUCUUACAAGAAGAAAAUGUUCCUCCAUUGCAAUGGCCUCUCGGACGCAUUGUUGAAAUUCAUCCUGGCGACGACGGAGUUGUACGCGUUGUUAGCGUAAAAACAGCAAAUGGAGUUUUCAAACGAACUGUUAAGAAGAUCGCAGUGUUACCAAUCGAGCAAACUGAUGGUUCAACCCUCGAUAUAU